UGGCCUAGCAGACAAACCCUAAAAAGCAAAAAAAUACUAAUCUGGGUAGUCUGCCUAGGCUAGAUCAUUCUAGGCUGUAUCUAAGAUUUGAAAAAUCACAACUCACGCUACAUUGAAUAGCAGCAGGAUGGAGGAUAUUACAUCCUUUCGCAAGGACAUUGACAAAAAGCUAGAAAAGGAGAUGCACAAUAUGUCAAAGUUGCGAGAGUGUCUAAAUAAAAGUAGUACAAAUACCAAUAAUAUGCUAUCAAUAUUAACCAGUUUUGAGAAUAGAUUGAAACAUCUUGAAAGUACCAUAGUACCUGUUUAUAAUGAAACUGAAAAUCUACGAAGAAGACAAGAAAAUAUUGAGAAAACCUUGCAUACAGUGGAUAAUGUUCUUGGCUUCUACCAUGUUGCCAGAGAUGUAGAGGCCUAUAUCAAAGAAGGACCCAAUGCCUCUGGUCUAGGAGCCUACUUAAACUACAUGGAUAAAUUGUUGAAAGCUAUAAAAUAUUUUGAAACUAAUGAUCCAAAAGGGAAGGAAAUGGAUGAAAUAUCCCGUCUAUUUGAAGAUGGUAAUGAUGCUUUACAACAUGAAUUCCGUUCAUUACUAACUAGACAUGGUCGUCCAGUACCACCUGUUGUCAUCAUGGAUUUAUUAGGAACAGAUGAUGAACUGCCUCCAGUAGGAACUGAUACAGAUCUAGCGAUUGAACAUUUACCAGAGAAAACUAUUAAUGAAUUACGUGAAAUAUCAAGAUGGUUGGUAGUUAAUGGUAAUAACACAGACUUCACUAAAUCUUAUGUUAAUUCUAGAUCUUUAAUAUUGAAUAAAUCUAUUCAAGGAUUAAAAGAACAUUUAAGAUCUGGUAGUGGAACAUUAAUGUCACCAUUUGAACCAGGUCAUAAAAGACAAGGUUCAUUUACUGAGAGUAUAAAAGAAGAAUCCAGUGAUAUAGAGACAGAGUUAUAUAUUACAGAACUUAGUGCUUUAUUACGUCUAAUGCAGAGUGAAGCCCAGUUAAUGGAUGGUAUUAUACCAGAGAAGAAUCGUAGAAUGGUAUUUGAUAAUAUUGUACAAUCUAGUUUAGAAACAGUGGUGAAUGAAGGAGAGUUAUUAGCUAACAGUGCUAGAAGAAAUAUAGGUCGUCAUGAGUUUACUACAGUGUUAUCUAUAUUUCCUAUAGUUAAACAUCUACGUACUAUUAAACCAGAAUUUGAUUUAAUACUAGAGGGAUGUCAAGCACCAACCAGAGCUAAACUAGCAUCUUUAUUAUCAACACUAGAUAAUACAGGUGCCAAGGCAUUAGAAGAAUUUACAGAUAGUAUUAGAAUUGAUCCAGAUAAAGCCAGUAAUAUGCCUAAAGAUGGUACAGUUCAUGAAUUAGCUAAUCAUACUAUAAUAUUUUUAGAACAAUUAAAAGACUAUGCUGAAACAGCAGGAGCUAUGUUAUUAAUGCAUGGUGAACAAGCCUCACCGUCAGCCAAUAUAACUCCAGAUACAUGUAAAAUGAAAGUAGCUGAUUAUAUGACUCGUGUUCUGUCAGCAUUAGGUUUAAAUUUAGCUAAUAAAUCAGAAACAUACAGUGAUCCUGCUCUUAGACCAAUAUUUAUGUUAAAUAAUUUAAAUUAUAUUGUAAAUGCUAUAAGAAGAACUGAUUUGUUAAAGUUGUUAUUAAUGUGGAAUAAAGAUGUAGAGAAUUUUUAUUUAGAUGAAAUAACAAAACAAAAGAGAGUCUAUUCACAAAGUUGGAGUAAAGUGUUACAUUAUUUAUUAGAAGUAGACAAACCAAUGUCUAUACAGAGAGCACAAGAUCCCAAUGCUAAAUUAAAAGACAAAGAUAGACAAAACAUCAAAGAUAAGUUUACGGGUUUCAAUAAAGAACUAGAUGAAAUUUAUAAAAUACAGAAAGGUUAUGCCAUACCAAACUCUGAAUUACGCCAAUCGUUAAAAGAAGAAAACAAACAGUUUAUAUCACCCCGUUAUACCAUGUUCUUAGAUAAAUAUACAAAAAUAAACUUCACCAAGAAUCCAGAAAAAUAUAUUAAAUAUACUGUUAAUGAUGUUUGUGGUCUGAUUGAGAAAUUUUUUGAUGCUUCUGCUUAAUGUAAACAGUGUUGUUCAGAAACAAUGAUUACUUGAUCUAGAAAAGCUUGGUAAAACUCUCUGGUGUAGAAGGUUCAAACUGUUAAUGAUGUAUGUUAUUAUGUUAUAAAUAUCUUACUGUGCAAUAUGUUACAAUUAUGUGAAUAUAUACAUAUAUAUUGUU